AAGCGUCCUAGAUAAAAAUCGCAAACGAAAAAGAAAGAGAAAAACAUAGGAAAAAGAAAAAGUAUUCAAUACAAAGAAAUUGAAAAAUGCUACAAAAUGAAUCAAAGUGAAAAACGAAUGUGCGAAACGAAACGGCAGCCAAAGAAAAUCCGUCUAUUCGUCUAUGCAUGCGAGGAAGUCCCCAGACCUCUAUCUAUGCCUGAGUAUGCGAGUGUGUGUAUUGCGUCCGCCUAACGAGCAAAUCGUGUUCAAUAAAUAUUUGCUAGUCAGCCAAAGAGUUAAACAGAGACAGACUGAGUACAAAGUGAAGCCUGAGCGAGGCAGGACAUGCGGGCAGGUGAUACGCAAAGGGCACAUCAGAAGCGUUUGCUGCCAAAUCGAAAUCCAAACUCAAACUCAAACACGCUCCCCGAAACUGUCCGACAGAGCUGCUGAACUGAGCUUGGACUGACUUGGCCUGCUGGCUAAUACAGAGCAGAGCAGAGCAGAGCAGUUUGUGAGGCGAGCAACAGCUUUGGCAUCCCUUCAGGAGUGUCUGCAUCUGCAUCUGGGUCUGAGUCUGGCUACGUAUUCGCAUCUAUGAAAUAUUCAUUCAUUUACAACUCCCAGCAGAGAAUUGACUCGGCUGCCGUUGUGGUUACGCGCUCGCAAGUCGCGCUUCAAACUCAAUUUAUGAGCGCCCGGUGUGUGCUUUAAUAGUUCGCAGCUGAAUUAAUUGACUGCAGCUGCGAGAGGUGGGUUAAGGGCGGUGGGCGGAAUGGGAUAGCGAUGGGACUAGCUCGAAGUGUGGAUAUGCAUCCGGCUCACACCACGCCGCAAAAUCAAGUUGAAAGGCGAACUUUCGAUAAAAGCGAACUGCUGCUGGUCUAUUAUAAGUAUCUAUACAGCAUCGCACAGUGGGUGAUUCCCAGCAAAUCCAAUAAUAUGUAGUCAUAAAUGAAACUUCCGGCACUUCCGGCAUUUAUCAUCGAGAGAGAUCAAGUGAUGCACAUGCUCGAAAACAAACUACGCAUAUCUGAACAUCGUUCACGUUUCAUGAGUUAAAGACUUGUUAAAUCGUUAUCAGCAGCGCAGAAGCUUAUCUCAGACUGAGGGACGGACAAGCGUGCGAAUAUUUGGCAUUUUUUUUCGCUGAAUGAACAGUUCGACGGCCACUCAUAGUACUCAUGGGCCGGAUAUUAGAGAAUUUCCACUGUCGAUGGCACGAAAUUCAUUGAGCUGUAAAAAUGCAGUAAGCAAAUUGCGUGGCUCCAACUGCGAUGAUAGUUUUAAAGGCAGAGCAAUGUCAAGCUAUGUCGAUAAGCAAAGCUGAAAAUGCGCAUAAUCAGUUUAUAGAAGUGCGGAAAAGAUAUUCAUACUACACUUUUGCUCGUAACUUAUAAACUUUUGCACAAAUUGUGCUGCAGCAACGGCAACCAACAACAACAAUGAGAACAACGCCAACCACACAAUCAAUGCAAUUGCUAAGUUUGCUGCAAUUGCGAUUGUGACUGCGGCUAUUGCGACUGUGACAACUGCGACAGCGGCUGCGACAGAUAGAGAGAUAGAAAGAGAGAGAGAGAGAGAGAGAGACGGAGACGAUUGCGGCGACUGUGCGUCUUAUCUCGAAUCUCGAAUCUGGUGGCGUUGCCGAAUUUAGCCAGAAAUCACGUAGCAGGUGCCACAGCGAAAUUCUUAUGAAGCCGCGCAUUAGACAAUGCAAUCAAAUUGAUUAAGUGAAAUGUUCAACUAAUAUAGAAACAUCAAUAAGUAGAUGUUUUUUGACGACUUACGAGAUGAACAACCCGAUAGUCGCAUACCAACACAACUGGCGACAAUCGAAGACUUUGCUAGUUUGUUUACUUGUAAGUUCACAAGAGUGAUUAUCACACGCGUUGUGCUGCGGUUGAUAACAAAUGGCAAGCGAUACAAUCUUUGGUAUCUGCAGCAUUGCAUCGCGUCUGAUGCCCGUAUAAAAGAACCCAACGCAUCUCAAGUAGCAUUUAGUGUGGGUUUAGUGUUUCAGCAUACACAACUAUCAUCUAGAACAUGAUGCUUGGCUUUCGAGUGUUGCUGGCUCUGCUCGCUGUUGCGAUAUCCAACCAUGAGGCAGUUGGAGUGGAUCACGACACAAUGCUCUGCUCCAAUGACAACACUCCGAUGUGUGCGCAAAGUCAAGGUGAAUAUCUGCUAUUCAAGAACGAGUGCGACUUAAGGAAGGCUCAGCGCGAGAAUCUGAUGGGUGCCCCACUGUUUGAUGUAGCUCUGCACAACUGCGUGCCCAGCUGUGAGUUCGAGUGCAACGAUGGCUUCCAUCCCAUUUGUGGCGUCAGUGUCGCUUCCAACGAGCGAAAGACCUUCAGGAAUCGCUGUGAGAUGGCGCGCACUUCCUGCAACUCCAAAUCCGAUUGGCUGGUCUACAAGUGGGGCGCUUGUCCCAGCAGCAAGAGUCAACCCAAGCAACAGACUCAAGCAGCACACACUGUCCUCGUGGGUCAACGCAAGCGUCGUCGUCCUAUUCCCUGCACCAAUGUGUAUCGUCCUGUCUGCGCUGGUUAUGCAGGCGUAAAGUCUACUUUCUCCAAUGAGUGUCUGGUCAAUGCGGAGAACAUUAGAACCAGAAGAAAUUGGCGCGUCAUUUCCGAAGGCUUGUGUGGCGAGGACAGCACCAAGAUGAAACACAGUCGCAAAUACAAACCAAAGUACAAGCCGAAGGUGGAGGUGGAGCGCAGCAAGCGCAGUCACAAGCAACUCAAUCAACUGGACGACUUCGAGAUCUCUGAGGAUGCUGUGCAAAUCUUUGCUCCCUCCACAUUUCACACACAGUUCAUCAGUAAUUCGGGCACCAUGGAGAAGAGUUACUCGCUGCCUGCUCGAAAGCCCUACAUGGCAACCAUGCCCAAGAGCAGGCACAUUUAUGGCAGUGACCCGGUGAAGGCAGAGGAGAAGCCACAGCUGAAGGCAGAAGAAGAACAAUCACAGUCCAAGCCAUGUGUGUUCAGUAAUGAGCCCGUUUGUGGCAGCUUUAAUGGCGAGAGUCGCACAUUUCCCAAUGUCUGCGCCCUGAUGGAAUACAGUCAAACUGUGGGCCAUGCUUGGACCAUUUUGUAUGACGGCAGUUGCCGGAGCUGCGAUAAGCCCUGUCCCACGGUCUAUAGUCCGAUUUGCGCCAAUCGCAAUGGCAUUAGCUACACCAUCAUCAACGAAUGCUAUUUGGAGCGUGUGCGCUGCAAGGAUCCCAACAGUGAUUGGAAGAUCACACAUAAGGGCGAGUGCACAGUACUCAACGAUGAGGUGUCGAAGAGCAUCCCAAAGCCUAGUCCUAAGCCAUCGUCCCGCAUUCACGAUAUGCUAUAUGCAACCAAGCACCAGGUGGAGAGCAGCAGUACAAUUUCACCAACAACAACUCCGAAAGCAAUUACAAUUUCAACUCCGCGUCGCCAGUUGAGAAAACCUAAACGUCCUACGCCCACACCAAAGGAUUUGAGCAAUCGGAAGAUACGUAAAAUUGAACUCUUUGGCUUUGAUGGCUACGCACCCAAGGAGACGCAGCCCAUAAAGAUGCCAGUGACUUCCAAGCUGUGGUCACCUAAGGACAAUUGGCUGUUGCACCAGAGUCUGGACGAAGAGAAGAACAAGUACAACAAGAAGACCAACCAUAAGAAGGCUCACAGUGAAAAGUAUCCACUGUACAAUUGGGCAAACACUGCAACAACUCCGCCACCGAUAACUCAGCUGAUGUUCACAACAGCUGCAACUACAACAACUACUGCAACUACUCGUGCCCCGACGACCACAAUCACAAUCGAAGAUGACAUAACCAGUGCAGAGCAGCUAAUGAAUCUCGAGACGGACUCCGAAAUUCUUUUCAUGAUGGGCACAACUCCGCAAGUAGCGGAGUUCUUGGAAACUGAAGCUACCACACGAACAACGUUCACUUUGGCCACCACAGCUGCAACAACGCCAACACCAACAACUUUGUCAACUACCACAACAACACCAAGAACAACUGCGGCUACAACCACGUUGCCACCCAUAACCGAACCAGAGGCAGAGAGCACAAUUAUUGAUGAUGCAACCACAGAAAUUUUUGAUGAAGCCACAACAAACAGAUCUACAAAAACCACAACAAGUGACACUUCUACAAUGUCGAAUCAAAUAUCAACAACUCAAAACUCGGACUAUUUGACAGAUGAGUCGUUGCAGGAUCAAAGUAAACAAACCUCCAUAUAUGGUCUUGAUAAAAACUCUCUGAUCAUGCGUUUGCUACGCGCCCGAAGCAGUAAGAAUAUGGUACUCUAAUUUCAUUUGUUAAUUAAUAUUUACAUAGUCUAAGCUAUCAAUUGAUUUUAUUUUUUUUUUAGAGCCAGUGAUAUGAGUGCUCUGUAUAUUUUGUAGUUUUAAAAAUAAAUUGUUACAUUUUUAAA